UCAGCUGACUGCAGCUCGCUACUGGAGAGAGGAUGUGUUUGUGUUGUUGGCGUUUAAAGUGAAUUAUGUUAAAGGUGUCGUUUUAAUUUACUCUCACACAACGUGAGCGGCAUGUUGGAGUUAAGGUGACCCGUCGGGAGUGAUUUCACAUCGUUUUUACAGCCAAUUAAUAAACUAGCGCGACGUACCAAGUCGCAAUGCUCGUUUGCAGACAUGCAGUGGAUAACUUUUUCUGUCUUUGCGUUACUCCUUAACGUUAACGAAACUUCAAGCGCGUCCUAUGUCAUCUCAGUUGAUGUGGGGAGACCGGUAGGAGACCUUAAGCACUUCUGGAGAAGCACUGGUUUCUGCCCCCCGCUCCCUCACACAGAUGCCCACCAGUUUGACCUGAGCAUCGACCAGCAGCUCAACCUGGCCUACGUGGGCUCCGUCCCCCAUGGAGGGAUCCAGCAGGUCAGGAUACACUGGAUGUUGGAGCUGGUCAGUGUGCAAGACGUUGGUGGACGAUCCCAGUACAACUUCACCAAACUGGACCAACUGAUAGGACUCUUGUGGAUUAAUGGACUCCGACCCGGUUUUGAACUGAUGGGCAGUGUCUCCAACUACUUCACUGACUUUGAGGACAAAUCACAAGUGGUCGAGUGGAGAAAUCUGGUUUACCUCAUAGCCAAGAGGUACAUCGACAAAUAUGGCCUGGGAAGUGUUUCUCAGUGGAACUUUGAAACAUGGAAUGAGCCCAACAACCACGACUUUGAUAAUGUCACCGUGUCAGUUCAAGGGUUUCUAAAUUACUAUGAUGCCUGUUCGGAGGGUCUGCGCGCCGCCAGCAGUCUCCUCAGGUUUGGGGGUCCAGGAGACUCCUGCCAUUCUCCCCCACACUCACCAUACUGCUGGGCCAUGCUGCAGCACUGCUACAACGGCACCAAUUACUUCACUGGAGAGACGGGGGUCAGGCUCGACUACAUCGCCCUGCACAAGAAGGGAGGAGGCUACUCCUUGCCCAUCCUCCAGCAGGAGAUGCAGACAGUUGGGGAGAUCCAGGAGCGUUUCCCCCGGUUCCGCAGCCUCCCCGUUUACAAUGAUGAGGCGGAUCCCCUGGUGGGCUGGUCCCGGCCUCAGGAGUGGAGGGCUGACGUGACCUAUGCUGCGAUGGUGGUUAAGGUAAUACACCAGCACCAGGAUCUGCUGCUGGCAGACCCGAACAGCACGAUCAACUACACCCUGCUGAGCAACGACAACGCCUUCCUCAGCUACCACCCACACCCCUUCACCCAGCGCACGCUGACCGCCCGCUUCCAGGUCAACAACACCCAGCCGCCUCACGUGCAGCUGAUCAGGAAGCCGGUCCUCUCUGUCAUGGGCCUGCUGGCUUUACUAGGAGAGACCCAGGUCCCGGCUCACGUUUUGAACUCUGCAGGAACCGUGGAUAGCACGGUGGGCGUUCUUGCCAGCAGCCACAAGCCCGUAAUGGCGGGCGGCUCAGACAGCUGGCAGGCAGCAGUGCUGGUCUACAACAGUGAGGACAACAGCACCUCCACCAAGACUGACGACGUCACCGUGUCACUGAAAGGACUGGCUGCACAAAAAGGUCUUGUGUACGUCACAUAUUACAUUGACAACAAUGUUAGCAACCCGUACCAGCUGUGGCAGAGCAUGGGCAGCCCCGACUACCCCACAGCAGAACAGUUCAGACGCCUCAGGAGUGUGCAGGACCCUCAUGUUGACGGACCCUGGGAAGUUCCUGCAGGGGACACGCUGACUCUGAAAGCCAAACUGUCUGUGCCCUCUGUCCUCCUCAUCCAUGUUUGUGCCCUGCCCAAAGCCGUGCCAGACCAGGUCAAUGGAUUACGCUUCAUCAGGAUCACCAAAGGCCAAGUCCUGAUUGUCUGGUCAGACCACUGUGUUGAUUCCAAAUGCAUUAGGACAUUUGAAGUGGAAUUCUCCACAGACGACAAGGAAUUCAGCAGAAUUAAUACUCAAGACACCAUUUUUACUUGUUGUGUUUAUUCGCCUGCGGACCAGGAGGUCGGCGGUCUGUACAGAGUUCGAGCUGUGGACUACUGGGGCAGGCCUGGCCCGUACUCGCUGCCAGAGAGGUAUUCAGAGGAGCACUAGACCAAGGUCAAAUCAUUCAGAUUAUGUUUCUUAAUUGUUUUGUACAAGGUAAAUAUAUUUUAUAGAGAUCAAUGUGCUGAUUAUAUAUGCUAAUACAUUAUGGGACAUUUCUGAUUAAGUAAGCACCAUUUAAUCUGCCUAGUCUCAUUGUAAGCAUUUGUUUAUGAUGUAUGCUCAUGCUCCAUUUGACAGUAUUACAGGCAUCACCUGUUUUGACAGAGUAUAGUAAUGGCUGUAAUUUCAAAAACUUGAUAAUUUCAUUUUGCUCUUUGUCCACUUUGAGAAUAAUAUAUAAAAGUGACUGAAUACUAGGGCGAUAUUUCUCGUUGAGGUGAAAAGCUGAGUGUAAGGUGAAGUUAGCAUAGAAGAUGCUUCUGCCACUUUUAAAACAUUUGUGUGGCAGCAUUUUGGGUACCCGGUGGAAACCAGAAAUGUUGACAAGGCACAAACAAUAUGUAAGCAACAUUUCAAAAUCCACCUGCACUGUUUUGCAUUUUGUGACUUUGACUCGGAUAAAAGACAAAAGGAAAACAGGUCAUAAAUACAGAGUUUAAAAUAAUAAUUUCCUUAAACAGCCGGGCACUGUAGUUUUUAGCAAACAUUACUCAAACAGAAGUAAAUUGCACACUUGUUGAGGACUAUUUGCAGCAGUGGAUCAAUAUCAAUAGAGUUCUAUGGCAUAGAAGAAGAUAAAUCAGGUUUGGGAUACACAAGGAAAAGUUUUUAGUUGGAUCAGUUCAUUGUUGUUUGGUCUUUUCUUAAGAUUUGGUGAUUAAAAAAAUAUAAAAUGGCAUCAGAUUUAUCCUUUUUAAUAUACGUGCCUAUAAAUAUACCAACUGUGUCAUAGAUCCUGUUAAAAUGAGAUUUUACUGUUUGUGGUUGUAGUGCAGUUUGUGCACACUAUGUGACGUUAUUGGUAUGAAAGGAGACGUAAAAUGCAUGUCGUCACUGGAAAAUUGGAUUAGUUAUUAACUGAUACUACUGUUGCAGAAACUGUUACAAUUAGACCAUUAAAGUUAAUGGACUGUAA